AUGUCAACCUCCUGCGAAAGCGAUGCGCCUUGGGCGCUCUCAAACGCCGAUCUCUUGCUCCGUUCCUGCGAUGGACAGUACUUCCCGGUUGACAGACUGGUCCUCGCGAGGCACUUUCAGGCGUUUGAAGACAUGUUCGAGUCUGGCUCUGAGAUCGGCACUGGCGAGGAGCAGGAGACGAGAGACGGUCGUAUCGUUGUCGACCUUGCGGAACACUCGGUUGUUCUGAGAAAUCUACUUCAUCUGAUAUACUGCAUGGGAACCCCAACCGCGGAUUUGAACAGCGUCGCCCUCUUUGAUCUGAGUGUCGUGUUGGACAAGUACUGCGUCAAGUCAUAUCCUCGCGUCGUCCUCGACAGGCUUCUGAACCUCGCCGACGAGGAGCCUGAACUCUCCUACAUUCGCGCCUGCCGUCUUAGAUUGGACGAAAUGGCACGCAGAGCCGCAUCAGCCAGUCUACGAGUUUCAAGGCUGUUCGCAAAGAUACCAAUCUUGGAGCUCAACAUCACUGCUCAGCAGUACCACGUCUUGACUUCAUAUCGAGCGGAUUGCCAUCAGGCGGCCGUUAGCGCUGUAAAGGAUCUCGAGUGGAUGGCUCAACUCCUACCAGCACCACCAGGACUCGACUAUGACCGUCGUUGUGACACGUGUUACAAGGCCGGUCCGCGCGCAUGGAUUAGUCCGAACCCCGCGCCAGAUCUGAAUCUGAGCCCUGCAAGUCGCAAAGUCUUGCUCAAACCCAGGCCACUGUACGUCUCCGCUUGGCUCAGUCGAUACUUGGAACUCGUGGAAGCGGCUUUGGCGAGGGACACGAGGGGUGCCGUUGCCAGAGAUCAACAACACAUCAACGCUAUCUUCAGCGCAGAGAGUUCAGUCUGUUGCAAUGCUUGCAGAACAGCCGCGCACGCCCUUUCCAUGGUCGACUUUGCGGGGGGACUGGCGCAGGAGGUUGAGAGCAGGGUCUCGACGGUGCAGUUCUGCGCAAUACUCUGA